AUUUUAAGCUACUUUUACAAUGUUUAGUAUUUUGACCCUAUCAUCAUUAUUUCUAAAUAAAAUUCAGAAUUUUUUUUAAUAAAAAUGAUCAACAAAAAAAGCUCUACAACGUCUGAUAGAAAGAAAAAUUCUCUGAACAUUUUCUGUUUUUUUUUUGCUUGUUUACCUACCCUAGUCGAACAUCUUGUAAGAAAGAUCUUGAAAUCUUGUGACCGAUAAGCAAGAUCUUCAUAAGAUCUUGAAAAGAUAAUUUGUACGUGAAUAUCUUGGUUGUGUUAGAUAAAUCUGUAUUUAAGAUUUUGUCAAGAUCAUAGAAAAGAUAUCGUUUACUAUUAUCUUCUUACAAGACCUUGAGUAAAAGAGCGACAUCAUUAGUGUUUACAUGCUGACUAGUCAUUCACCGUUUUUUAAUGCAGAUAGAGCCAUAUAUAAACAAUGUGAUUGAAUAUACAAAACACACAUUUUCAACAUAGUUUUCUUUUUAAAAUUAUUUCUCGAGUGUUGAUCAUUCGAGAACAUGCUAAUCUCGAUCGAUGAUUGAGAGAGCACUACUCUGAAGUAGUCUGAUGGAGAUUGAACCAUUUCAAGAUCAGGCAGAUUCCAAGAUUUGACUUGUUUCAGUUAUUUUGGAUGUGAACAGUUAAAAUGAAAAUAAAUUGAAAAAAUGUCACUACAUUGUUUUACAGAAAGAAAAAAUAAUAAACGCACUAUUUGAUAGGUUCGAACCACGCUUUUAGAAUAUAUUAUGCAUUGUGUCGCAAAUCACGACGCAUGCAACACGUUUUAUCUUAGUAUGUACCCAAGAUCUUAUGGAUCCAUACCUAAGAUCUUAUGAAUCUGUAACCAAGAUCUUACAUAUCUGUACCCAAGAUCUUAUUCAAGAGCUUAGUACAAGAUAAUAUGAUUAUCUUGUAUCGAAAUUUUCAAGAUCUAUUUAUAUUUCUGUACCUUGUACCUUGGCCAAGAUCUUGCUUACAAGAUGUUCCACUAGGGUAAGGAACUGUUCAGUAAAAUAUCUUAUUGAUUGAUUUCAAAAAAUUAUUCAUCACAUUCUCAUGCUUAGAUUUCUAUUAUUACAAGAAAAGAUAUCAUACAAUAAUAUGCCAUUUGAAAGAGUAUCACAAGUACUCAAGCUUCAUAUAAAAACAUUCGGUUCGAGAUUAUUUUGUGUUUGCAUAAGAACUAAUUUUUUUUAAGUCUCAAAACUUAUGAAACAUCCUGUAACCUUAGAAUUAUAACUGAGUAAGACUAUUUCAGUUUUUAGCGACAUUUAAUAAAUUAUAUUUGUUAUUCUCUGCGAUAACUGAGACCAAAUUCAUAUGCUUUUCUCUAAUAAAUAUUUGAGCUAUGAUUUCUCUUUCAUUGGUCAAAGGUGAAAAAUAACAUAGAUAAAUUAGAUAUAAAAUCUUAGAAAUAAACUAUUAAAUAUUUCAGGUUGUUGUCGACUGUCCAAGUACAGGUAUUAAACAAACAUUUCCCUGUAAUAAUUGGUUAGCUGAUGAUGAAGGUGAUAGACGUAUUGAACGUCGAUUAAAAGAAGAUUUAUCAUUACGCAAAACUCGUCGAUCAACUGUUCCAUGGUACAUAUGGGUCUAUACAAGUGAUAAGAAAGGAGCAGGUACACAUGCUCAAGUUAUUCUUGUUCUUUAUGGUUAUGAUGGAAAAUCAAAAAAUAUUAAAUUAGAAAGAAAUCCAAAUUCAUUAAAACAAGGUCAGUGUAAUCAAUAUAAAGUUGAUAUAAAUGAUGUUGGCAUACCAUUUAAAUUACGUGUUUCUCUUAAUGAUAAUAAUUUAUCUCACUCAUGGCAUCUUGAUCGAAUUGAAAUGCAAAAUCUUAAAACAAAUGAACAAUAUACUUUUCAUUGUGGAAGAUGGUUAUCAAAAACAGAAGAUGAUAAACAAAUUAUUCGAGAAUUGCCAGCUACAGGACCACUAAUAUCAAGUCCUUUACCUGUUGUUAAAUAUAUAGUUGAUGUAUAUACAGGAAAUAAACCAAAUGCUAGUACUGAUGCAAAUGUUUUUAUUAAUAUUUAUGGUGAAUGUGGUGAUACAGGAGUACGUCCAUUAGAAUAUUCAUUACAAAAUAAAAGAAAAUUUCAAAGAAAUGAAAUUGAUACUUUUAUUAUUGAAGCUGUUUUAUUAAAGCAAAUACGAAAAAUUCGAAUCGGUCAUGAUGGUACUGGAGCAGGUUCUGGAUGGUUCUUAAAUAGAGUUGAAAUUCGACCAGAGCAUCAACCUUAUGGACCAGUUACAUUUGUUUGCGACAGAUGGCUUGCUAUAGAUGAAGAUGAUCGACAAAUUGUUCGUGAAUUAAUACCAACACAAGAUUCACAUAACACAAUAUAUCGUGUUAAAAUAAAAAUUGAUGAUGUUUUUCAAGCUAUGACUGAUGCAGAUGAACAUUUGCAAAUAUUUGGUGAGAAAGCUGAUACAGAUAAAAUUCAUCUCACAACAUUUAAUAAUUCGAUAGAUACAUCUGAGAGUGGACAUACCGAUAGUCCUACAUUUCAAUAUCAUGAUCUUGGCAAAAUUGGACAUAAUGGAAAAGGAUCUACUCCAGAAUGGUUUCUUGAUUCGAUUGAAAUUUAUGUACCAACGCAUUGA